AUGAGUCAGUUUUGCAAUGGAGAAGUUCCUCGGUUUGUUUCAUCAGAUAUUAAUGUAUUACAAGUACUCUCUGAAGUCACAGUUCCUAGUUUUCCAGAGUAUAGGACAUCUUACAUUGAAAGGGAUCUGUGCGGUAGUUCUAUCACCUCAUUCGGUACCUUAUGUCAGCCAUAUAUGUCAGCUUCCAAUUUCACUUCAGAUCUUCGUAUCAACGAUGGAUCACCUAAAGGGAAACUGUCUUUUGGAUCGCAUGUUAUUGCAAUAUCUGGUUGUGAUACUUCACUGCCAUCAGCGCAUGCAUCAUACACUGGUAAUCCAGAUUAUUUAAGGAUGGUCUAUCCCAAAGUAUCUGAAGAAAUAAACUGGGGUCAAGGACCACUCCCAGGAGUACUUGAAUAUCCAGCAACCAUUGAUGUUUCUGAUCAACGAAACGUGAUUGUUAGCCAACAAUGCCAAGACAUUGUUGCAAUUGAUCAUAGUACCCACCUUGCAAAGCAAAAAGAAUGGUAUUCAUCUGGGAGUACAGAGCAAUUUCUGGGAAGUUCAGGAUCUGGUGGAUCUGUGCUUAAGGCAGCUGAUGCAAGUAUGACACCUUCAAAUUAUGCAUAUUUUCAUGGGCAGAAAAACAGAUCGAGUUCAUUCAACGUGGAUGAACUUUGCAGUGAUAAUUUACCUUGUUCAGACACUACUCCAACCAAGUCAAGGAUGCGCUGGACACCUGAGCUCCAUGAGAAGUUUGUUGACGCUGUUGACAAGCUUGGUGGAAGUGAAAAAGCAACUCCAAAAGCAGUCCAGAAAGUUAUGAAGGUUCAAGGACUAACUAUAUACCAUGUAAAAAGCCAUCUACAGAAGUAUCGUACAGUUCGCCAUCAAUCUGAAUCAUCUGAUGGCACUUCAGUGGAGAGAAGCAGCCACAUGGAUGAAGUUUGCUCCCAGAACAUGAAACACAUGGAGGCUAGUGAAGGGCUAAGAACUCAGAUUGGCUUGCAGAAGCAACUUCAUGCACAGCUUGAGCUCCAAAGAAAGAUGCAGCUGCAAGUAGAAGAACACAGCAAGUACCUGGAGAUGGUGAUCGCGAGGCAGGGCGAGAGCCUAAAACAGCUCGGCGCGCUACCGAGGUUCCAGCAUUCGAACGCGCAAGUCGUGGAUCACAAGGAAGCAUACAGAGAACAAACAGCAGACACUGAUUCGGCGGAAGAGACCCAUCCGAAAGCGGGACCGAGAACCGAUUAG